CGCGCCGACGAUGGCCGACUUCCCGGCCAAAGUGAGCACCCGCACCAGCACCCCCGCCGGGGCGCACGGAGGCUCCGGCCGCGCCGCCUCCCUCGACCUCGACUUCCUGCGCUCCCCCUUCGGCGUCCUGAUGAUCGUCGAGAUCGUGUUGGGCUGUUUGGUCUGGACCCUCAUUGCGGACACGUACUACCAGCCCUACCCUUCUUACGGCUGGGUGAUGUUUGUCGCUGUCUUCUUCUGGAUGGUGACAGUCAUACUCUUUGCAAUGUAUCUUUUCCAGCUGCAGCUGAAGCUCUACAUGAUCCCUUGGCCCAUUGUGCUAGUGGCCUUCAACGCCGCAGCCUCCGUCUUGUAUGCCACGGCUUUUGUAACGAGCGCCACAUCUGUUGAGCUUUACUCCUGGCCUCAUUCACCGGACUACAACAGAAGAGCUGCUGCCUCGUUCUUUGCUUGCCUGGUGAUGAUCAUCUAUGGGGUCAGUGCCUGCCUCAGCUUUCGAGCCUGGAAAGGAUAUGGAAGCAACGCAGCAACCAGUCAAGCCACGAUUUCUAAUCACGCCUAAGAACUGUGGCCCAAUCUGAAUCAAUGUGGGCCAGUGGGAUGGCUUUAUGGCAGGGCAGCAGCUAACGGGACCUUGGAGUUUGCUCUUGCCCCCUCCUGCUUCCUCAUCCAGAUAUCUUACAGCCUGUACAUUAUUCUUGGUCCCAUCAUUAGCAUCGCCUGAGCCACAGAUGCAGCAUAUGUUUUAAUGCCAUCUAGACCCAGAUAAGUACCUCUCCCUACUUUUUACUAAUUUGCUCUGUGUGCAAGUCCACGGAGAAUGAGCCCUUCUCCUCCUGCCUGGCAAGAGAUCGCCUCCAGCCUAGUUCACGCAGGCAUGCUUGGUUUCGUGCGAGUGAAUGGGCCACCCCAUAUCUAUUAGUCACAGAACUUGUGCAUCACCUGUUUUUACAUCCGUCAUGAUGUUUUUUGCACACUGCAGUUCAUGUGUGCAGUUAAGCCACAGCUUGUGUGAAGCAGCCCUUAGUGGCUCAUGGCUGAAUGCAAGAAGCAUCACCAAGCUAACAGGCCAGUUCCAAUUGCAGUGCUACAUCUGGGAUGUACAAAGAUGUAGCGGUGCUACAUCUGGGAUUCAUACAUACAGGCUCCCACAAAUGUUGAACUCUCCAGUGUGAACCAUCCUGCAGUUUCUUGCUUUCUCAAACCACCUUAAUUUUCAAGAGCAGGCCAACAGGAUCAGAACAAAGGUGUAUUUAGCCCCACAUCCACAGAAUUGUGGUACCCUUGGAAUGCCCACUACCGAGACACACUGGCAACAUUCUUUUCUCCCUUAUGCUGCCUGUGCCACCAGCAAUUAGUGUUCAGAGACCCAGUGCCUCCAAGCACAGAGCAUGCCUGCACAUUGGUUGAGGGCCAGGAGCCACAUGGGUGCACCACAGUGAAAAGCCAUCAAAGGGCAGUGCUGGAAGCAAAAUGUAAACUCUUACUGACAUUGGAUGGGGUGCCCCAUUUCAGCAGGUCUCUGUGAAUUAACCCAGAGAAUUCCCAUCUCCAGGCAUGGCCAAGCCAGCACUAAACUCACUAAAACAAGCAAGCCCGUCCUCCCCUUUGGCCACCCACCUGCAGCUUCUUGUGUAAAUAAUGUACAAUUAACUCAAGUGUGUGUAGUACAUAGAAGGGAUGACACACAGCUUUUCGGUGCAACUAUACAAGCAAGUAUUUUAUUUUAUUAUGGAUUUCUAAAAAAAAAAUUGGAAAAAACAAAUUCUGUUUUAAAUUAAAAGUAUCUAAAAUGUU